UCAGGUUAGUAACAGACUAAAAUUCAGUGGAGCACUGGGGCAUGCCAACUAAAGUUUUAGAGAUCAGACUAAAAAAAUUGGCAUUAUUCAUGUGUACUUAGACUGUAGAGGCUAAUAAUGGAAUUUCUAUUUAGAACAACAGAGUGUUGUAAGACCAGUCUACAUAGAAUGAACCUCAACCUUUGAUUACUGUAAUAAUUUUCUUGCUAAGUGUACAAACCAUGGCGUGAUUAUAUAAAAUUACCAUCUGAGGAAGUUAAGUCGGUCAGCUUAUUUCUAUGGUAAUGGUCAUGACCUCUGGUUAGAUAUAGUCUUACUUUAAUGAAGUGUGUAAAGAUCUAAGGGACUAAAUAGCAUACCUUUAGAAAUAAGCAAGCAUGGUGGCAUCUAAAGGUAUUAGUCAAUUGCCUCUAUCUAAUGACCAAGACUGAAGAGUUUGUGAAGUUUUAUAGGAAUCCGAAUGAACAAGUGUAAUUUGAAUAAAAAUUUAAAUAGAAUAAUUAAAUGUGUAGUUAAACUAUUAUACCAGUGGUCAAUAAUCAGUUGGCAUUCUAACCUAAAUUCAAGGUCAUGAUGAAAUGGAGUCAGAUAAAAGCAAAUUGGAAUAAAACUACUUUGCCAUGCUGAAAAGAACGCUCAUGUAAUCUUGACCCGCUUUAUUGGAAACCAUCGUUGGGCCAAUUGGGCGGGCCUUACAACGUGAAACAGAGCUCAUUUCAGUAUUUAUGUGCUGUCUGAAAAAAUCCAAGCCUGGAUUUUUUCACCAGUCUCCCUUCAUCCAGUGGCAAUACUAUUAUCUUCACCAUUGUGGACCAUUUCUCCAAGGCAGUUCUCUUCAUUUUCCUUCUCAAACUCCUUUCUGCUGAGGACAAAGCCCGAGUGGUCCUGGACCAUCUCGUUUAGAUUCAGUAUCUUUCUGCUUUUGGGUCCUCAAUAUAGAUCUAUGACACUCACAUGUUGUUUAGACCAUGUAAAUAUCUACUUUCUAUAUCGUUAUUAUUAUUCAUGAAAGUUAUUAAGCAACCAAAUUGACCCAUAUAUCCAAAAACCCAAUUGAAAUUAUAAUUAAAUAAAAGGACAUUAUUUUCACACGGAUAACACUACGUUUUGCUAAGCUUCAAAUGGUUUUGGGAAUUUCUUUUUUUUUAUUUCUUUUUUUUAUUUAUUUAUUUAUUUUUAUUUUUUUGCAUUUAUCAUCAAACCAUAGUGCCUUUUGCUUUUUCUGAAUGAGUUUGAUUUUUUUUUUUUUUUUGUAUGCUGAUGUAGCACCAGGUCACAGUUAAUCAUUCUUGUCCUUCCGAUAUGUUCUAUUUCAGAGUGAAGGAGCACAUUUUGCCCUUGGUCCUGAUAGCACAUUGGGUCAAUAAAGCCAUUGCUAAAGCACUCUCUUCAGCCAUAGCUGACUAGAGUUAAUGUUCUAACUAAUGCUAGACUCAGCAAUACACUGACUGGCAAGUCGUCAUAAUGAAUGGAGUAAGCAUAACUAUUGGAAGGGUAAUGUGGCCAUUGUGGUAAUCCAUCUCCGGUAUCCCACCUGCAAUGUUCAGAAUGAAACACUAGCAUAUUCUUACUGUUCGUACUAUGCCUACAAUUUGUAAAAAUAAAACAUAAAUUUAAUGAACAAUGUAGUCGCACCACUCAAAUUGUAAGCAUGAUGUCAGUGUGGAUGGGGUGUUCAAGCUGUAAAAAGCCCACACUGAUUUACACUCAUCAUUAGAUUUCAGUUGAUUUUUGUUAUUUUGUAUCAGUUUUAAGUAACUAUAAAUUCACUACAAAAUUUUACUCUGGUAAUCACAGAUUCCACCAAAUACCAUACUACAUUUCCGGUUUGUACAAUGAAACUCUAAAUUGUCACAGGGAACAUUAUCCACCAUUGAACUUGGUAUUUGGUACUGUCAUCUGUUGUAACUGGAAUAUUGGUGGAAAGUAUGGUUACCCUGGUACAUUUGUAAACAGUAAACUACAAGUAAACAGACAUUCUGGGAGUGGAAAACAACCACCCAAUGUCCUUUCACUCAUGUCUUAACAGAGAAACAUUGUGGUUUGGUUUUUAACAGUACUGCUUUUAGCUGUCUUUCAGAAAGCCCACAGAGAACAGAUGAUGCUGAAGCGGAAAUUCCCUGCUACCUACCAGUAAAUCACUUCCUUAUUUUGUAUCUCAAUCUGGUAACCCGUACAAAGACAUAAAAUCACCCUUUCAAAUAAUAAAUCACACAAUAGUGCUAGAUAUUUGGCUAAAUUAAUUAUUUCCAUUAUAUUGUUAUUAGUUUGUAAAGAUCAUACAGCUUGGACAUGGGAGUGUUUAUUUUUGUGACACACUAAGCAAACUUCCUGCUCUGUGAUGUCUUGCAUGUCAGUGAAGGGGUUUAAAUUUGAACUUCCCCUCCAGUGGAUAACAUUACGCUACCACACUGCGUUUAGACUGUACACGUUAUAUCACGACAAGAGGAUUAGAACUACAACUAUUAAUCAGUUGAAUUCAGAUUUUAAAGGGUCAUGGAAGGAAGUUCACAGUCUUCACUGUCAGAAGAGGACACUUCAAGCAAAGAACGCACUUUACCUGAGGAGGAGAAUGAUCUUCAGUCUGAGCAGGUGGAGGAUGCGGCACAGGAGGAGUCCCUUCUCUCUGGGGAGGAGCAGUUAACCCUCAUCACAGAAAGCAUGUCAAUCACCUCCUCUGAUGAAGAGAAGCUUCAGCUCCUCAACAAAAACACUGAACUGCGUAGACUCAACAAAGAGCUGAUGAAACUAAACGAGGAGUGGGAUCACAUCUACCACAGCACAAGUGUGGGCCUCCAGCAGCGUGUGGCAGCUCUCGAGGAGGAAAGCACGUCCCUCAAACAACUCAACAGCAGACUGCUGCUCAAAGUAGAACAUGAACAAAAUAAACGGGAAUAUUACGAGCAAACACUGAUGCAGGAACUGAAGAAAAAUCAACAUCUCCAGGAGUAUAUCAGACUGCUGGAGAGCCGACUGCAUCAAACAGAUCUUCAUCAGUGGACUAUAGGGAAACAGACUCCAGAUAUCAGUGGCACAUCGGACUCUCAUCUACUUCAGCGGCCCUCUAAACCAUCCCUGGAAGUACGGUCUACUGUGCCACCAGGCACAAAGUCAAGCCUCAGACUGGCUGCUAUGGGAUUAGAGAUCCAGUCUGACCCGAUGAGAGAGGUUCAGGAUCUUAAAGAACAGCUGGAGGCGCUGCGAUGUCAGACUAAAAUCUAUGAGGCUGAUUAUAAAACAGAACAGAAGGACCACGAGCGCAUGCUGCAGGAGAAUAAGAGGCUGCGGCGCAGAGAGGGAGAGAUGCGUCAGCAGAUGGCGCUACUGCAGGAGCAGCUAAAGGUGUAUGAGGAUGAUUUUCACAAGGAACGCUCAGACAAACAGAUUCUCCAGAGACUGCUGAUGAAAAAAUCUCCAGUUGAGAAAGAUCCGGUUCUGGUGCAUCGCUGCAACAACGAGCAGGACCGGCCCAGAACAGACAGGAGGAAGCACCGAGAAGAGCAGCGGGGUGGAUACGUUUGUCCCAAACACUGCGAACAUCAUGGCCAGCUGGAAUUCCCCUGAACGCUGACACGCAUUUAUUCAUCACAUUAAAGAAAAGGAAACAAGCUUUUUUAUAUCUUUUUAAUGGCUAUAUUUAUUUGAAGUUUUUAUUGUAUUCUUUUAUAUUCUUGAAAGGGUUGUGUUUGUGCAAUGGCUGUAUGGAAACUGCACCUUUUUUCAGUCUCAAUAUGAAACAAUCUGAACAAAUACAAUGACUGAAAACAUGAAGCUCAAACAAUCCAUGUCAGACAGUAAACAUUGUAAUCUUUAUGAGCCUAUCUGUUUUGUUAAUAUGUUAAUAUGUCAGCCAAUAAACCAUUUCCUAAUACAUUACUGACAGGAAGAAAAAAAAAAAAAAACACUUUUUUAUGUUCGUGCACUUUUGCUAUAAGGAAACCAGAGGCCAUUGGAAUUUUCCAGGAUAUUGGCUCAGUUGUAUCAAACAACUCUAUUUUGAUGGCACUUUUCCAAACAAAUGCAGUUCAAUGUGUUUUUCAGGCAAGAAUGAGCAAGUGACACUAGGAUUAAAAAUAACAAAUAAAAUCCAAAAAUGUAUUAUAACAAUAUCAUUUAAAAGUUAAAAGUAUAUAAGCGAAAAAACAGGAUAUGAAUGAUUAAUUUAAAUUAAAAGUAAUGUCGAUCUCUGCACUUGCACCUGUUAUAUAGGUCAGACAUUGUUUUUGUUUGAUUUGUUUUUUUAGAUUAUAACAUUAGAAUUGUCCCUCAUAAUUACUUUGAAAUGUUCAACUAUAUUGUUUCAAUAAAAUAUACAUCAACAAUUUAGAAGUUUGUACCACCCAAAUUCUUAACCUCUAUAUCAAUGCCAAUUUUACUCUUAAGUUCUACAACACACACACACACACUUGUUUAUAUUACUUUGUGGGGUCCAAAUGACCCCAUUAAGAUAGUAAGAUGAGGAAUUUCCAACAUUGUGGGGUUCCCACAAAGACAACAUCUUAAAAAUCAUAUAUAAGAAUGUUUGACAAAAUCUUAAAAGUCACUAUAGUAUGGCCCUUCCCUACACUAUACCUAAAUCUACCUGUCACAGGAACCUAACCCUAAACUUACCUGUCACAAGAAUCUGACCCCGUCACAGAUGGUAAAUUGAGUCAACAUUUAGUCUCAUAUAAAAGAUUUUGUCCUUGUGGGGUAUAUAUACUGUAUAUAUUUUAUUUGUACAUAAUUUUAAUAAUUUUAAGAGGAAAAAAAAAUAAUGCUAUAAAUGUCAACACGUAAAGAAGAACAAAUUUUUUAAUAGAAAUAUUUAGAUGUAGAAAUAAUGGUCACACUUUAGUUUAGGGUCCAAUUCUCACUAUUAAAUAAUUAUUAACUACGACUGUUGUCUCAACAAACCCCUAAUUACUGCUUAGUUAGUAAAGUCGUUGUUAAGUUUAGAUAUUGGGUAGGAUUAAGGAAUGUAGAAUAAGGACAUUCUGAAUAAGGCAUUAAUAUGUGCUUUAUAAGUACUAAUAAACAGUUAAUAUCCUAGGAAUAUGCAUGCUAAUAAGGAAGUUAAUAGUGAGAAUUGGACCCUAAACUAAAGUGUUACCUAAAUAUAUAUAUUUUUUUAAUAUUUUAAGUCAUUAUUUUGUUCACUUUUAGGCAAAGUCAGAGGGUGUAGGGAUGAUUUAAAUAGAUUUUAAAAAAAAAAACUAUAUAAAUAGUAUCAUAUAUAGUACAAUAUAAAGUAAAUAACUAUGGGUAUAGGAUGAAUAGUCUCUCAAUUGAUCAUAUUUGAAUGACUUCACUUUACAGAAAUGUGGUCACCAAUAGGUGACAAUAUAGGUCACAUUCAGCACGUUCUGAGGAUGACAGGUUUCUAUUGUGUUUUCAUGAGUAAUAACUCAAGUUACACACAAAGAAUUAUUUUACUCACAAAAGGAAAUGCUCUUGUAUGACUUCCUUAAAAUUUUCAGCAUCAUUAAUUGAGAAUAUUGCGACAUAUUUUGGCAUCCAAUGUUUACACACCCUAGCAUAUUUAUAAAGGUGGUUAAAAAUAUAAUCUCUUUUUCCUGGAAUCUAAAAUAGGUAUGUAUGCCAUGAUGUUGUACUGGAGGAGGAGCCUAAUUCUCAGAUGAAUAUAAAGAUACACAGUUUAAUGAGUUUGAAAGAGCAUUACACCUCAGGAAGCAACAGCCUGAACAGAAGGAGGAGUUUGGACUAAGACCAAGCAAAAAGAAACUAACAGCUUUCAGACUCAGGUUAUAAAAACAGGUUCUCUUUCCCUGUGGAGUUUGCACAGCUGAGAUUAAACCGAGCCUUUGAGAAAGCUAGAGAGGAAGCAGACAAGUGGAAGUUUCACUGCCUUUUCAGACAUGAACAGAGACGCGGUUGAGAUUCAGGCCCAGUACGAGCAGCAGGGGUAUCUGUCGGCUCUUCCUAUCCUGAGUCCAGAAGAGCUGCAGCAGGCCCGGGAUGCCUUCGCUGAGCUGGAGAGAAAACAUGGUGUAGAUUACACCGCCUAUAGCCUUCAUAAUAUCCACCAGGAGUACGACUGGGUGAUGGCCCUCGCCAAGCACCCUAGGCUUCUUGCGGUGGUCACUGCAGUUCUAGGGCCCGACGUCAUCCUGCUUGACUCCAGAUUCAUUUGUAAAUAUCCAGUGAAAAAGCCAGAAAGCAAUGGUGUCAUCCAAUCGAGCAACGAGAAUAAGGAUGGAAUGCCAUUUGUAGCCUGGCACCAGGACAUGAAGUACUGGGGUUUUGAUGGAGGUCCGGUUCUAUCUGUCUGGCUUGCCCUUGAUGACUCACUUGAGGACAAUGGAGCACUGCAGGUUAUUCCAGGAAGUCACCACUCUGGUCUUCUGCCCCAUCACCAAUCAAAACGAGCUGGCAACAUGCUAAGUGUCAAUCAAGAGAUCCCAGAUGAGCUGGUGCAGGCAGAGAAUGCCAUCUUAUGCCCCCUUAAAGCUGGUCAGAUGUCUAUCCAUGAUGGACUUCUGGUUCAUGCCAGUGAUCCUAACACUUCUGAUAGGAGGCGCUGUGGCUACGUCAUCCGAUAUGUCCCUACAUGUGCUUAUCCAAUCCAGGACCCUGAGAGGCCCAGGAGUUUUCCUGACACAGUGCUGGUCAGCGGUUUUGACAAAUACAACCAUUUCUCCAGGAAAGCCUCCAAACUGUGACCGGCUUAUACAAAACACUUUAUUUAAGACAUAGGCGCUUUGGGACUAAUUCAGUGUGUUUUCCCUCAAAUGGAACAUAGUAUUUUUUAGCUUGUAUUUAUUAUUACUUUUAUUAUUAACAAUAGUUAAUAUUACUCCUGACAAUCAAAGUAUAAUUCAAAAGAUUUUUCAUGCAAUAUUUACAUAGUUAUUCAAACUUUUUUUUAUGUAUCUUUCAGGCUUUUCAGGAAAUCAUGUGUCAUUAAACUAUGAUCUAAGGUGUCUUUUAUCUGAAUUGUUACAUUCUGAAAAAUGGAACUGAUCUGAAAUACUCAAUAAAUUGUUUAAUAUUA